CUGACUGGUUGCGUCCGUGUUGUCUCUUAUGUCAGAUUUUUGCUUACCUGUCAAAGUGCGAUUGUGUUUUCGAUUUUCCAACACAAAUCGCCCAACAAACCGACCAACAAUGAAUUAACCAAAUAAACGGCGAGCGUGUUAUUGUUACCAUUGUGAGUCACGGACCGUAACGAGGUGGCAAUCGGCUGUUUUGGGGCGUUCUGCGCUGUCGUGAAGGUUAGGUUCCAUUGUCCGUGGUUUUUAUGGUGUUUGAUCUCAAGUUGCGGCUGAGGACGAUCAGAAGACACCUCAAGAUGACCGAUCUGCCGUGGGGUAUUGUGUGUUUGCGCAAAUUAUCAGACACGUGUUGCCAAAGGCUGCGGUUCAACAGGGAAACAUGUUAUCGUGUCAGUGUGGUUUUCUUGACCUAUAUCGCGUACAUGUCCUACCACAUGUCCCGCAAACCCAUUUCCGUGGUGAAAGCUGUGCUGCACAGAAAUUGUUCGGACAUAAAACCGGAUCCGGACCCUGACAAUCCGAACUGGUGUGACUGGGCACCCUUUGAUGGUAAUGAUUCACAACAGUUACUGGGGGAGUUGGACAGUUCCUUUUUGUUCUGUUAUGCUGUCGCGAUGUUCGCGUCUGGAUUUAUAGCCGAGAGGGUCAACCUUAGGUACUUCCUGGCCUUUGGUAUGGUCUUUUCGGGCAUAUUCAGCUACGGUUUCGGCAUCGGAAAGACCUACGACAUUCACAACAUCUACUACUAUGUUGUCAUGCAGGGGGCAGCAGGCAUAGCCCAGACAACAGGGUGGCCUGGUGUAGUCACAGUUAUGAGUAAUUGGUUUGGGAAGUCGAAACGAGGGUUGAUAUUCGGAUUGUGGAACUCCCACACAAGCAUUGGAAACAUUUUGGGCACCUACAUCGCCGGCGAGUUCGUGGAAACGGACUGGGCCUAUUCAUUCAUUGUUCCAGGUGCUGUAAUCGCUCUUGUUGGGUUGAUUUUGUUCCUGUUUCUGGUGGUGAAUCCCGGGGAUGUGGGGCUGUUGAGGGAGACAGCUAACUUAAGUGAUUACCGGCCCUCACAAAGACCACUGGUGGAUCAAGUGGCCAACGACGAACAUUCUUCAGGGAAUUCAGACGUAGAUGAUACACCGAUAUUCGUCGGUGAACACGUUGAACCUAGAAUUAGAACUAAUUUGGCUCGUGAUUAUUUAAUUGAGGUGGAGAGGAGAGAGACCGAGGGCACCCCAUUGCUAGCCAGCUCUAGACGAAACGAAAGGGCGAUAGGAUUCGUCGGCGCCUGCAAAAUUCCAGGCGUAAUCGAGUUCUCGCUUUCUUUGUUCUUUUCUAAGCUGGUCAGCUACACGUUUUUGUACUGGCUGCCGCUUUUCAUCAACUCGACGAACGAAAAAAUGAGUGCACGCUUGAGUGCGGAUAUUUCGAUUCUUUUCGAUGUUGGAGGGAUUGCUGGAGCCAUUUUAGCUGGUGUGGUCAGUGAUAAAACUGGCAUGUCUGCCACGACGUGUGUGGGCAUGUUAAUUCUUGCAGCCCCUUUGAUGAUUAUCUACCAAAUGCUGAGUGCGGUGAGCCUUCCGAUAAACAUGUUCCUGCUGAUAAUCGUGGGGGUAUUCGUCAACGGCCCCUACGCCCUCAUAACGACGGCCGUCUCGGCCGACCUGGGCAACCACCGUUGUCUCGAGGGCAACUCCAAAGCGAUGGCCACUGUAACCGCCAUCAUCGACGGCACCGGCUCCAUCGGUGCCGCCGUAGGACCGCUGCUGGCAGGUUUCAUUUCCAGCUACAGCUGGAAGUACGUGUUUAUCAUGUUGAUGAUAUCGGACAUCCUCGCCCUCGUUUUACUGCUGAGGCUGGUGAAACAGGAGCUAAGCCGUGUACAGUGGUUUAGGCAUCGGGGGUUGAGAAGAGAUUAACUAUAUCAUAUAGUUGGUGCUUAAUUUAAUCCAGGGCGUUCUGCGAAGUGACCGAAGUUUAGUAAUUUAUUAUUGAAGACUUAAUCGAACUUGUUUCUGAACGCCCUGCCUUUUAUACAUCUAUACAUACGUAAAUUAUAUAAGAUAUAUUGCCAAAUUUACACUUUUUAAAGUAAAGGAACUGAUCUCCUGUUUUAACGUCGGAUUAAGAUCUAAUAUUUAUUUUGUUAUUGUAGAAUUUUGUAUAUUUUUAAUACUUGACUGUUACAAAUGUGUAUAUAAAAACAUUAACAGGUGCUUGUAUAUUUAUAAAUAAUUGUUUUGGUUACCGUUUCGUUCCUGCAUUUAUAAUUUAUAGUGUAAACAUUCCCCCCGUGUGUAUUUAUUAUAUAUCUUUCAUUAACCAUGUGAUAUAUACACUCAAAAUAAAUAAAUAUAUUUUUCCAACUGUU